AUGAGAGGCGUUCUAGUCUUUUCGGGGACCUCGCAUCCCACCCUGACUGAGGCGAUAUGCGACAGACUGGGGACUUUACCAGCUCCGUGUGAGCUGCGGAAAUUCAGCAAUGGCGAAACCAGCGUCAAUAUCGGGGCCUCCGUUCGGAAUCAGGACGUUUAUAUUGUACAGAGUGGGAGUAGGAAGAUCAAUGAUAGCGUAAUGGAGCUGUUGAUCAUGAUAUCCGCCUGCAAGGGAGGUUCGGCGAAAUCUAUAACAGCUGUUAUGCCAUAUUUCCCAUACUCGCGGCAAUCGAAGAAGAAAAGCCAUAGAGGAGCCAUUACAGCUCGGAUGCUAGCCAAUCUGCUCUCUGUGGCCGGUGUUGACCAUGUUGUUACCGUGGAUCUACAUGCCUCUCAAAUGCAAGGUUUCUUCGGCAAACCUGUCGAUAACCUCUUUGCUGAACCCUUAAUUGCGCGAUGGAUCCGAAUGAAUGUUCCCCAGUGGAAUGAGGCGGUAGUAGUCACCAAAAACGCCGGAGGGAGCAAGAGGGUGACCUCUUUGGCUGAUGCGCUGAAACUCAACUUUGGAAUCGUCACUACUGAUAGGAGACGACAGAGGCAAGCAAAAGCCGGAAAUAUGACCGAUAGUGCCAUCUUCUUCGAUUCUGUUGAACAAGGCUUCACGACUAGCCAUGAUGGCGAACAAAAGUUUGACCGCACAUCAAACCCAAACAUCCGUCGUUCAUUUGCCUCUGCUACAGCUGAAAGCGGUGUCCUCACGCCCCGCAACAGCACUUCCGACUCCUCUGCUAAUCCAGCACAAGAGUCGGAGUCUUAUAGAACGCCACACCCAGAUAGCAUGCUAGCCCCGUCUACUCUCGCUGACGGAUUUUCUUCAGAAUACACCGAUGAGCGAGCUCGGGAAGUUAUCACCGGCCGUCUGGUUCAGGGGCACCUUGUUGAUGAUGACUACCCGUCCCCAGAGACGGCAUCUACCUCUGCAUCCGCUUCCAACCACGGAGCCGACACGUAUGAGGGAUCAAUCCCAGAUCCGAUGAGCAUGUCCGCCGUGUCGAACGUCUCAGGCUACCAACCUGGACAUGCUCUAGGCGGCUCAUUCGACGCUGCUGCAUCUUCUGAUGAGGAAGAUGCUGUUUGCCCACAGCGAUCCGGUCACGAACGGAUGAUUACCCUUGUUGGAGACGUGAAGGAUAAAACCGUCUUCAUUGUCGAUGACAUGAUUGACCGGGCAUCUAGCUGGAUUGCGGCCGCAGAGACAGUCGUCAAGAAAGGUGGCGCCAAAAAGGUGUACUGCAUCGCAACUCACGGUAUCUUCGGGGAUGAUUCUAUGGAACAAAUGGAAAAUUGCCCCAGUAUCGAUUAUGUCGUUGUGACCAACUCAUUCCCUCUUCCCAUAGAGAAAGUGAGGCUCAUGAAGAAACUGGUCGUGCUGGAUCUUUCUGCUCUCCUCUCUGAAAGUAUCAGAAGACAUCACAAUGGGGAAAGGUUAGCAGCCUUGGUUCCAUAA